AUGAAGCUCAUCACAAUAUUGUCCGGCUUCAUAGCUCUCCUCAUCCUCCCAAAUUUCACCCUAGCAAUCAAGUGUCCCCCCGACCUCCACAAAGACAACCGCUAUCUCGGCGGCUGCAAAGGCAUGACAAACUCCUGGAUCGUCAAAGACUUCCUCUGCGAGACGCACGCCGGGUCCCCCUUCUCUAAAGACGUUCUCGAAGCCUCCAACGUCCUCAGGAGCCGUGGUAAAGGGGAUGCUCAGUGCAGUCCCGAGACACAGGGGGAGAACCAGUGUGUCAAGCUACUCACGCAUCUCUCUGCAGGUGUCGCGGUCUGUGGGAUGGGGGAAAUGAGGGGCGUGGAUUGUGUGAGGAUUGCGAACUUUGUGUGGAGAUUGGAGGGGAAGUGUAAGCAAACGUUUGAGGGCGAGGAGGAGCCGAGGGUAGGAGGGAGGGUGGUGUUUGAGUCGGGGAGGAUUUUGGUCUUUUGA